AAUUCAGUUUAAGGAAGAAUUUCCGUUUUUCGGGGACAUGACAACCGUGCGUGCGGGGAUGUUUCGUUUGUCCGGUUGGUGCGGGUUUUAGAACCAAACCGAAAAGCGAGUGACAAAUGUAUUUCAAGAAAAAUAGUUGGAGCGUGAUGCAGUCUAUUCCAAGUAUAUGAAAGCAAUUUUUGUAUCGGCAUGUAAGUGAUGAUAUCGAAUAACACACCUUACAAGCUCAAGGCUUCAAAAAGCUCGAAAGAACUGAACGAUUACGACAACAACCAUUCGGACGAAAAUUACGACAACAGUAGCGUGGACGGUGAUGUAGAAAACAGCCAAAAAUACCAUGUAUACUCCCGCGAGAACCGCUACAGAGGCGUGGGAAGGCCCCGCUCUAGCGAGUUUCGUUCCUCGAAAAUCAACGACCGCAGGGGGGCGUACCGCGGGCGCGGGGGCCCGCCGGGCCGCAGGGGCGACCGCGACGGGGGCGAUUUCUACAUCCUAAACCGAAAGUAUCAAGAGUCAUUGUCAAGACAUUCGGAAUCAUCAGGGUCGUAUCAUGGAAAAUUUUAUGAGCCGGAGAAGAAGAACGAUAUCAAGCUCAAUCUACUUGAAGAUACCCGAAUUUCCAAGCUGCUGCGGCGGCUGAGCACCGAAGUUGACCAGGAAAAUUCCCUGGCCAUUUCGAAGAAACUUCUAGAGGUGCUGCUGCUACCAGACAACGCGCAGUACGUCCGCAAAGCUUUCCACAUCCUUGGUGAGUCCAUGUUUGAGAUACUGCAAGUGUCGCCAGGGCCUUUGGCCAAACAACAAGCCACAAGAGCACUAGGCAGGAUGGGUUACAUAAUGGGACAAGAAAAGGAUUUUGAAAGGUACCAGAACUGGAUUUUUGUCAAGAUGAAAAACGCAUACGAAGAAAUGCAAAUCCUUCUAAUGAAGUCGUUUAAAGAAACCCUCGCUUUUGAGAAAAACAAACCAGUCCUGCAAGAUCACGCCGAAAAUCUCAUGCACCAUCUAGUAACGUGUAUCGAAAUCACGGAAAACGCCCAAGUUUUCAAAGCCAUUCUCGACAUUUUGAUGACGAUCAUCGAGCUCUACCCUGACUGUUUUUACACGCAAUUUCAGGACACUGUAGACUUGUUAUUUGGGUGGCACGUUGAUCACACCCAACCCUUAUCGAACAUUGAGUUUAUUUCCCGUAAUUUGCAACGCAUUUCGCCCCAUUUUAAGUACAACAUUGAGUUUGCCGUCACUCUUAUUGAGAAUUUUUUGGAGGAUAUAACCAACUUUAGCAGCCAGUUGAACGACCCUGAGAGCAAUUCCCUCGAGCACAUUAACGUUCUAAUUCUGGCACUUAACACGAUUUUGAAAUGUUUGGGGGACAGUUUCCGGCCAGUGAACAACAAACAUGUCUCAGUUGAGUUGGUUUCAACUUGUUUGAACCAAAUUAUUAGGACGGUGCGGGACGUUCUUGAAAGUUUUGUUGCGGAUAAUCUUAUCAUAGCAGCCAAUGAGAGCAUCGGGAUUUUACUCGGACAGUUGGAUAACAAAAGUCAAGCUUUGAGUAACUCGAUUUACACUUUGAUUGAUCUUGAGUUGAGUCUUGUUAACGAAUUUUCCGAUGCAACUUUAGUAUCAAUGCUGCUCCUAAUUUCCAAAAUCAUUAAAGAAUUAUCGGCCAAUUUGCCAAUCGAACUGAUUGAAAAACUAAUCGGUCCCAAGUCAGAAAUAGUCAAAUUGCGCUACUCCUACUUCAAGAAUAUCCAAGAUUCGGUCAUUUGCGUCUACCAAGCGUUGCUGAAUUUGAAAAACGUCUCACUCCUUCAGGAGGCUUAUCGGUACGUUUUGGGCGACCUUGAGGUCGUUUACCGGGCGAUUGUCCCAAAUAUUAAGCCCUUUAUCCAAAAUAAUCCAUUUUCUGAAGACAAUUUUGACUUGAACACCGACCAGAAAGAACUAACCGUGCUGUUUUUAUUACGGUGUCUGUCACAAUUGGCUAAUGCCAGUUCGAUAAUUGUAAUGUGGGCCUUAAAACCUAGCAUUUUGGAACUAGUGGGAGUGAAUCUGGAACCGUACCAAGAAACCCUAGCUAGGGACAAUCCAGCGUUGCAGUACAGCCUACUUUACUUGCUGUACUCCCAUUGCAAGUGCUACAAUCAUUUCAUUUCGAGCAGUAAUUUAGUAGCGAAAAAGCAAGACCAGACGAGUUUGAUGGGUUUAUUCACUUUACCGGAUGUUUUGAACAUUAACGACGUGCCAAACACUUCGCCCAAUUUGGGAAAUUUCGAAAUAAUUCUCGACAUUUUGCACAAAACUUUGAGCAUACCGACGCCAAACGAAGUGACUUUGUUGCUGCUCCAGUGGCUGAACGACAUCCUGAUCAAUUCGGACAGUUACCUUGCCAAUUUAUACGAUAACGAGAAGUUUGUCGCAGUGACUGAAGUAUUGGUCAAAUGCGGCUACCAUUUCAACACAAAGAUUGUGCUUUCCGUUUGCGAAAAUCUCGACAAACUUUUGAGUAACAAGCAGUUAUCCUGGAACAGUCAGUUCUUGAUGAACGUUUGCGACCUAGUUAAGUUACACCUAAAUUCAAAUAACAACGAAAUUCGUCUGAAAUAUUCCAAACUUUCGGUUAAUGUUCCUUGGGACGUGGCUGUGGUCGAACUAAAUAAAUCCAACUCGGGUUUUGAUGCAAAAAAAUCAACAAGUAUCAAAGACUAUUCCAAUUAUAUGGUCCGAAUGGCCCAACAUUUGCACUUAAAUAAUAGCGUAACGGGUGACAUGUACCCUCUUCAAUUCAAAACUUUCACCGAUUAUUUGCUUAAGAACGAAUCUAGCGAGUCACCGAAUUGGUUGGAGGACAUCUUCAUCAGUAGCUGGCCUUUGCAGGCCAAUUACAAGGCUAUGGAAUUUUUCUAUGAUUUGGCAAUCAAUUCGAGAAUAAUUUUACACAACUGGACAACGCUCGAAAGUGCGCAAUUUUGCGUCAAUUCCAAGCUGCGCACACCGUUGGGCAAACCGAACGAGACGUUCACAAAAAUCGAAGGUGCCCUUAACCAUUUAGGCAAUGAUUUAAUUAAUGUUAAGAAGAACAAAGAGAAUGAAAGUAGUAACGACAUUGAUAGGGUCAGACUGUUGCUUCAGUUCAUUGAACAUUUGGAAAAAGCCAUAUACAGUGCGUCCGAAGGUUGCGCUAUAGCAAUGCAACAACCGCCCAAGCAAGUCAGGUCGUUCUUUAUCACCAACACAAACACCUGUAGCGAAUGGUUGAGUCGGAUUAGAAUGGUUGUUAUACACAUAGCCAUGCAUGCGUCUGAUCCUUGCACUGCGGUCAGACAUGGGCAAGCCCUACUUGGCGAUAUGGUAACGUCUGGAAGAACGUCCGGUUCUGAAUUCGAACGAAUUGUAAUUUUUAUUACACUGGCGUUGCUACAAAUGCGGGAGACUGAGGCGAUUUUGGGGCUUUACAUUUGGUGUAAAAGCACAGCUGGUCGCAAGUUUGUUUGGGUGAAAUAUGCAGCAGAACAGGCGGCUAAGAGAUACGAACUUGCGAUAGAAGGCUACAAGAAAGUACUGAGACGUUGUAACACCAGUGAAAGUGAUGAAGCGAGCGAAAAUCCCAAGUUGGAAUCAGACACGCGUCAUUUUAUUUACGACCAGAUUGUGAUUUGUUACAAAGAGUUGGGCAAUUGGGUCGAUUUGAUGAACUGGAAUAUGGAGGAAAACGUGGGAGAGGUGAUGGACAAUGGGCGGAGGUACUGGUUCAGUACCACAGACUGGACCUGUGUUAAUAAUUUGUUUAACGUGGAAGUGGGUCGGCAAGCUUUUAGCGACCUAUCGUCCUGGAAUUACAAAGACGAGACAACGUCCUGGAGCCAAUACGAGGAGAUGACGACACUUGAGACGAAUUUGUACGGACUUGCCUUCAGUAUAGCGUCAGAUAAUGACGAUUUGUGCAAGAAAGUCGAGGAGAACUUGACUAGGAUUCAAAGCUCGAUUAGGUACCACCUGAAUUUGGCACCGUCUGAUUACCUUCAAGAGCUUCAAGUGAUGCAAUACGCCAGUCAAGGAAUCAAAAAUAUACUCAACGGUACGACCACCAACACCGUAUUUCGUGCAUCUGAGAAUUUCGAAAACGAAAUUUCGAAAAUUGACUCUUCGAUUUUACGAAAAGUGCUGUGGUGGUCGGAGUAUUUCGAAGGCGUCCAAAAUCAAGGAUCAACUUUCUGUACGAAUUUACGCCUGGAUGUUAUAAAACGAGCCAGAAAAGAGCGCAAUUUCAAGCUAGCAUUUGCGCACGUUAGCAAAGUGCUUAAAGAUAAAGACUUGGUGAUUGAUGAUAAUGGUUUUAACACUAUUGCCACUCUAUUCUUACAAAAAAUUGGCGAUGUGUCGGUGUGGAGUAUCGAUACGGCUCGUGUGAUUAUGGAGAUUAUAAAACUGUCGUAUUGUACUGACCAGAAUAGGCAGCACAAUUUCAACUUGUGCGCUGCUGCCUCUAGUGCAAUUUCCAAACAUGCGGAGCUUUACGGCGGAACGGAAUUGAAGAAAAUUAGCAGCAAAAUUUUGCUAAAGUUGGCCAAUUGGUUGCAAGUAAACGAGGAAAUUUGCUUGACUGAGAUAAACAGUCCCUUGGGUAAAUUACUAAUGGUGCUACCGGAGAUUGGGAUGAUGGAUAGUAGUGUUUCAAAUGUGAUUCCAAUGAGUGAAAUGGCAAUUGGCAAAUUGUUGCAAUUUAGCGUACAUCAGUGUGUCGGUUUGGCCAAAAGUUGGAAUGCUUUUGGUACGUGGUGUUACCGUUGGGGGCGCAAAAUCAUAGACCACAGUUCCGACGUCCAGAAUAAUCUCACGGAAGAGGACCAUUUGAUUAUUAAAAAUUUGUUACCACCAACAACACCACCCGACGAUUUGAAUAAAAUUAUCACGAUUUUGUCCCAAACUAGAUCGAAUCUUGACGAGGAAGAUAUCGAAUCGCACGAUUUGAAUACGUCAGAAAUGAUCCAGAACCAGUUGAAAUAUGUGCCUGUUUUGCAAAACGCGUCCGAUGCUGAUUUGAAAAGUUUGGUUCAGAUUUGGAGAAACACCCAAAAGAGGAUUUAUACGUAUUAUGCACUCAGUGCCGAGGCUUAUUUCAAGUACUUGCACUUGACCACAAGUUCGGAAAACGUUACGAAAAGCACCGAGUGUAACAUUAUCACGAUCACUCUACGUUUGCUAAGGUUGAUCGUUAAGUACGCCCUGGAAUUACAAAACAUACUCGAGGAAGGCUUACAAACAACGCCAACUCAGCCUUGGAAAGUCAUAAUCCCCCAGUUGUUUUCCCGUUUGAAUCACCCCGAAAGUUACGUCAGACAUAGAGUUUCCGAUUUGUUGUGUCGUAUCGCCGAGGAUGCUCCUCACUUGAUUACGUUCCCGGCUGUUGUUGGUGCAUUGGAAGGCGGUCUAAAGUUUGAUUUUUCCGAAAUUUCGCUACCCAAGGAUUGUCUUUCGCAAAACAACGAAUGUCACGAUGAGGAAUUGAACGAAGAAGAAGAUAACUACGAGAGUGACAGUGAAGAUUCAACAAAUGCGCUACAGUCGUGUUUCCGAACUAUGGUGGACACGCUUAGUAAACAAGACCCUGAAACCAUAGCACAAGUGCAAACACUCGUCAAAGAAUUGCGCCGAAUCACUCUACUGUGGGACGAGUUAUGGUUGGGUACUUUGGCCCAACACCAGACCGAAAUCACCAAACGCCAGCAACAACUCGAAUACGAAAUCGAGAAAGUCAAUGAGAAUCCGCACCUGAACAAGGAAGAAAAAUUGUCGCUCAUUGCCGAAAAACACAGGAUUAUAAUCAAGCCGAUUGUGUUUGUCCUGGAGCAGUUGCAAGAAGUGACAACUGCUGAGGCAGAAACCCCGCAUGAGAAAGAGUUCCAGGAGAAAUACCUAGACGAGAUCAAAGACGUGAUCAAUAAGUUGAAGAAUCCCGAAAAUCCCGAAAAACCACAAGAGUCCUUACAACCACUGAAGAGUCUCCAGAAGCAGUUCCAACAGAAGUUCCACCGACGUGCUUCAUACACGCUCAAAAUGCAGUCAAUCAGUCCAGUUUUGGCCUCAAUCAAGAACACUGUAAUCGCAAUGCCUGGAUUGGCAACAUCUGCCAAAACUCGAGUCACAAUCGCGCACGUUUCUAACGUUGUUUCAAUCCUCCCGACAAAGACCAAGCCAAAGAAAUUGAUUUUUUACGGAUCGGACGGCCAGACCUACACUUAUCUGUUCAAGGGUUUGGAAGAUUUACAUCUGGACGAGAGAAUAAUGCAGUUCUUGAGCAUCGCGAACACUAUGAUGGCCCACAAUGCUGAUCUGACUGGCCAGAAUUUAUACCGUGCCAGACACUACUCUGUUAUCCCGCUGGGGCCACGGUCAGGUUUGAUUUCUUGGGUUGAUGGAACCACUCCUGUCUUCGCACUGUAUAAGAGGUGGCAACAACGCGAAAUCGCAAAACCGUUUAUCAAAAAUAACGUAAACACAACUGCCAGUGUGUUGAGACCUUCGGAAUUGUUUUAUAAUAAGUUGAAUCCGUUGCUGAAAGAGCACGGAAUUAAGAAUAUAGAGAAUCGGAAGGAGUGGCCUUUGAGUGUCUUGAAGCAGGUUUUAACCGAGCUAAUGGCCGAGACACCUAGCGAUCUCCUCGCCAAAGAACUGUGGUGUAAUGCGAUUGAUGCCAACACUUGGUGGCAAGUGGUCAAGAGAUAUUCAUAUUCCGUAGCUGUGAUGAGUAUCAUUGGGUAUAUAAUUGGGCUGGGGGACCGACAUUUGGACAACGUCCUGGUGGACUUGACCAGUGGAGAAGUGGUCCAUAUUGACUACAACGUGUGUUUUGAAAAAGGCAAGACUUUGCGAGUGCCCGAGAAAGUCCCCUUCAGACUCACGCCGAACAUUCGUGGGGCACUUGGAAUCACAGGAGUUGAGGGAAUUUUCCGCACCGCUUGUGAAAACGUACUGAAAACUAUGCGAAAAGGACGUGAGACCUUGCUCACACUUUUGGAGGCGUUCGUUUACGAUCCCCUGAUCGACUGGACAGUGGGUGGCGAGGUGUUGGCAGGCACAAGCUUUGGAGGGAUCUCCUCAAGUGUUAAUUCCAGACAAAGCAAAAAAGACCUAGAGAAAGAAGUGACUCUGUCCAUGUUUAAUGUGCGUUGCACCGAAAUGAAAGUCGAAUGGGAGGAAAAUAAGGAAAAUAUUUUGAGAGAUAUUCCAACACUGCUUGAAAAUUUCCAGUCGUGGAUUGAUGUACAGAAGAAGAUUAGCGAAACGGAAGAUUAUUUACAAGAUUUGCACCAACAGAUGGCUCUAGUGAAAGAGGCUGAGGCGCACGGUGCUAAUAAACACAGCCUGUAUAAUUUGCCAUCGCGUUACGAAAUCUAUUGCAAGACGCAGGAGGCCAUGAAAACUGCAAAGAAAGAUAUCGAUAAGAUAAUGGACGAGGCUGAAAACCACAUUACCGGUUAUUUAGAGGCCUUGAAACUAUUAGAGAGUCCUCAAUUCGCGCAUUGGAUAUCCGAUCUGAAAGCGCCCGAUAAUGAUAUGAAUAUAUUCGAUUUAGUUAAGGAGUUUUUGCACAAUGCUGGCAAAAACGAUGUGAUAACGCAGUGUGAACAGUCGGAAAGUGACGUCGAACAGUUAUCGAAAUUGCAGAAUUUGUCAAUAAGGCGAUGUUUGCAGCUCUUACAGGAGUAUCAUGCGAUUUUGUCGCAGUGUCCCAAGUCAUACAUUGAAAAUCACCGAAUGUAUUUAUACCUAAACUGGUCAAAGUUUAUGCUAGAUACUAAAACAGUCGAAAGUUGCGAUGCUAUUUACGAAAAGUUCCGAAUGUUUCUUGAUUUUGGUAACGCCAAACACACUUUACAGUUUUCUUACAGUUUGGAAACUUUCUACAAAGAGACUAUAGCUCAAGUCAAUAAACUUUACGAGGAUUUGACCAAAAUUCGAACGCAAGAAUCGAGCGUUGCACUUGAAAAACUAUACGCUAAUGCACGAUUAGGCGUUUCAACGUUUUUAAAUUGUGAGAAAGGAGCUACAAGUGCUUUUGAGUUCGUUAUAGCCAACGAGUUGGUGCUACUUAAUAAAAACUUCCUAACUUUGGAGACUGCAGCCAGUCGAAGCGGAGAUUUGUUAAUUAAAUUGACAUCAAGAGAUGGUGACUGGUUUUUAGAUGAGCUGGUUUUAAACAGUACCAGAGUGGUAGAAAUGAUUAAUAAUCUUCCAGUGAAGCAAGAGGGUGAAGUUGGCCGGUUUGUGAAGGUGUUGAAUGGCAUUAGAAGUGCGAAUAAUGUUUACAAAGGGUUACAUGAGCUACAUUUUAAUUUCCACACUAUUAUUUUGCCCGAAAGCAUGAAGAAAAUUCAGAGUGAAGAACCAACUGUCGUACAGAUGGUUGCAGAUCUUGGCAGUUUGAUAGGCGAGUUGGGAACCACAAUUCCAGAUAUGAUCGCCCAGCUGGAGAAGAUUUUGUCCUGUUUGUUUAUGCAGAUGGAUAUUAAUCCUUCGUACGAAAUAGUUUUGGGUCGUGUGGCCGCAGUGCGGAGCAAAUUCCAGCUUUUGAUUCAGAGUCAGUCUGAUACUCUCAGUGCGGGCAAAAUGCUCCUGAUGGGUUUUAACGGACUUUUCGAAAAACUGAGUCAAGAAAUGCACACUUUGGUCAGUACUUUAGGCAGUCUGGACAUACCUUCCUCCUGGAAGAAAUUAGAUCAAGUGAAAGAAGCGAAAAGCAUUGGUGCCCAUAUUUUUAACCCCAGGGUCCACGAUAUCCUCGAGGAUAUCUUUCUUCUGAAAAGGCUGCAAACAAUGUCUGAAUUUUUCGGUCUGGUGCUCGAAAUGUGCCAGUCGUUUAAAGCCAAUGCAAAACAUGUGAUUUUUAACGACGAUCAAUUGGUGAAGCCUGUGAGACAAUUUAUCGCCGAUUUUAUUUCGCGCCAACUGUUGGGCAUAACGACCGAAGCAGUGGCGUAUUGUGUUUGUUUCCUUUUGCAAAAUUUGAGUCUUGAUGUCUCACACGAAAUCGAACAAAAAGAUAUCGGUGCUGAAACGAAAGUUCCUUUAGAUGAGUUGUGCCAUAAGGCUUGGAAUUAUUUAUUCAAGCAGGGAGUGUUUAGCCAGAAUUUAGUGUCGCAAGCUUCGGGCUUUUCGACCAAUUUGAAGAGUGCCUGGGAGAAGAUUCAAGAGCCGAAAAAGAUCGAACUGAAGUUGACUGUCUUACAGUCAAGUGCGCUGCGCAUACAGAACCAGCUUACGGUUUAUAAUUUUAUGUACGAAGAGAUUUUGUCGCAAUUACACGUCUACACAGGUGUGAGGAAUAAGUUUAUUGUGGAUUUGAAGACUGAAAUAACGAAUUUGAAAACCGUCCAUUCGAAAUUAAUUGAAGCAAGAGAGAAGCAACAGUGUUUAAUUGAAAACGCUUAUCAGAGGCUGAAUUGGGCAAAGGGUGCGAACCCGAACGUUGUUGAAAUUUCUGCAGCUUUUGAAAGCGCAGUCUCGACACGAGAUACACGUUUAAAUUUGGAACAAAAAAUCGCAAAUGAAAUUUUAACCGCGUGCAAAGUUAUAUUGCAACAUGAAUUGUUGAGGACUCCUUGUAACGAGUCAAAGGCGUACGAUAAGUUAUUUUUGAACAGUUUUGAGAAAUGGAGGAUCGCUUGCCAGUAUACGAAUUCGCGGAAUGAUGUUAUGACUCCAACUGAAGAAAGUAUAAUGAACUUGCUAACGGCCGAAUUGUUGCAUAAUCCCAAGUGGUUACAAGCCAUUUCUGAGAUAAUCUCCGAUUUGAUUACGAUGUCUCAGAAGAAAUUGACUGAGGAAAAGGCCAAUUUGAUGUGCAUUUCUGAGGAUUUGACAACCGAAAUUGAAAAAUUCAAAGAGAUUUACAACAUUCACUGCAGAUUGAUGUCGGAUGUUAAGUCACUGAUCAAAUCUAUGACCAAAAUUGAAGACUACACGUCACAGACGCAACAGUUUAUCGCCGAUUACCGACUGUAUAUUGACAGUUUUUCGUCUUUGUUUUCCAAAUUCAAGAGAGAAAUGUCCCUGGACGACGUCCAGGCAUGCAUCGAGCAUUUGCGUUUUCUCGAACAGAACACGAACCAAAUUUACGGCGAUUUGCUAAAUUUAGAGGCGAAGAGGAAUCGUCCACAGCUGACGCGACAGGACUGCAUUGCCGUCAGUCCGAUCAAGGUACAGAAGCAGGAGUCGAAAGGACAGCAGAGGAACGCUUACGCGGUCAACGUUUGGCGCAGGGUUAAGAUGAAGUUGGAAGGCCGAGAUCCAGAUCCUGGCAGAAAAUACACUUCUCAGGAACAGGUCGAUUACGUGAUCCGAGAGGCGACCAACUUGGACAACUUGGCCCUUUUGUACGAGGGCUGGACACCGUGGGUUUGAAAUGCAGCGAGUGCGGCAGUAAAGCCCUGCCUGGAUCUCUCUUCAGUACUAGUGAUGCGCCAGUGCGCACUGGUCGCCGUGGGUGAAGCAGCAGCGCCAUCUCUAACUAUACUUGCCAAUCAGGCCAAGUUGCUUAGUUUUAUUGUUCUUGCAAGAAUUUGAUUUAGGGAUCGAAGGAUUAUUGAAAAAAUAAAAAACUUAAAAAAUAUUGUUCUUGCAUUAUCGGUAAAACUCGGCCACUUGAACAUAGUAAAGUAUCUCAAAGUUAAUGCUGCUUUUCAUUUUAAUUAUCAACGGUAAUGUCAGAGUUGACAAAUGCUGCCAAAAUGGCAGCCUCUAUGUUCUCAAAAUGGAGUCUUGAUGUAUUUGAAGUGUGCCGAUUAAUCGGCGUCCAAAUUCAAUGUACCCCAACAUUCUGUGGUACGCAGGCUGGAUUUACAUAUAGAUAAGUCAUCUGGUGAUUGGAUGUGUGUAAAUUCAGUUGGUUGUUGCAUUCAAAUGUGACCUAACUCAAUGUUUACUAUAACUUUUAUUCAAGUAGAACUCUUUCGAAUCAUGCUACUAGCUCCUUAUUCUUAUAAUCUUCAACACACUGGUCUGACAAGAUAAAUUGAUUUUAGAUGUAGUACCUUCUUAUUAUUGUUUAUGUAGGGUUUUAUUAUUCUUUGAUAAGUUUUGAUUUGGUUUAGAAAUCGUAAUAAAUGUUCAAUGGAAACAACACGUACACGUUCAUUACACAAUAAGAUCUCUGUCAGUGUAUGUAUAAUGUUUAUUACUUUUUCUGAUUUCUUUUAAUGAUAAUAUAAAAUAUACUUAUUGAACGUUA